AUGCCGCGCUACAAACGCACCUUCGACGAGGCCGAGCUGGAGUUGACGCUCGAGCCGUCGGUGCCCGCCAGUAACUUGGAGUUGUUGGGCAAGCUGCGCAACAUGUGGGAAUUUGCGAGCCUCAUGCAGUACAUAUAUCUGUUCGGCAGCGUGGUCAAGAUCGACAACGACCUCGACAUUGAGGACCUCGAAUCGGAAUGUUUGGCGCCACAGCCAUCACAGAGAUUGGCAUCGCUGGGCUUGCAGCUCCUCAAAUACGUCUCCUCUCAUCGCGGCCUCACACCUGAUAUCUUCGAUGAAUACACGCGACGGCAGUACAUGGCUAAAGCGCCGCACCGCAAUCCCUUCGGUGAAGAGGAGGAGCCGGCAAAGUUCGAUGACUUCGACGUCUUCGCCAAGAUACGUGUGCUACACCAGCUCAGCAUCUGGACGCUAGGCAAUGCUGAGCGCAUACGAGGCAUGAUGCCCCAGGAGGACGAUCAGCUCGCGUGGCGUAUUGAGCCCAUCGGCUGGGACAAAGAUGACCGUGCAUACUUCGUUCUCGACGAUGAUCGCUUGUAUCGGCGCACCGACGAUCCCGUGCCUCCUCCGUCGCCAAAGACGAAGCCCAAGCCGAAGCCGAAGAGCAAGCCAGCGAAAAAGAAUCGGCCGCGCGGUACUCGAUCGAGCAAGCGCAUCAAACUCGACGAGGAUUCCGAGGCGGAAGAGGAGGCAUCCGAAGAGGUGAACGCAGAAGGCUCAGCGGAACAGGCCAACGGCCCGGAAGAUGGCCACACGGCUCAAAAUGAAGACGAAGGGGGCUUGGGCUUCACCAGCAAGACGUGGGAAUGUAUUGCCAUCACCCUGGAAGAGUAUCAAGACUUCCUGGCGACUAUCUUUCGGUCACGCGAUGCCAAUGAAAAGCAGCUUCGCAAGGUCAUCGAGGAGAAGAUAUUGCCAGUAAUUGAGAGCCGUGCGGAAAAGAUACGACAGAAGCAACUGAAGCAACUGCGCGACCUGGAGACGCUGCAGAAAAUGGCAACCGCCAAAAGAUCGAGUCGCUUGGCAGGUCGGGCUGAAAAAGAGAAGCAGGAGCGUGAAGAGAGGGAGGCCGAGGAGAAGCGGCAGCGUGAGCUACAAAUGGCCCACGAGGAGCAAGAGAAGCAGCGGCGGAUUGAAGACGCACAUGAGUCUCGACGUUUGACACGAGAGCAGCGUCUCAAAGACCGCGAAGUCAAGCGGAUUCUCCACGAAGAGGAGCUGGCCAGGUUGGAAGAGGCGACGACCCGCGCUUCGUCGCAAGACCCGAGCAAUGCAGUUGGCGCCGAUGGCAGCAAACGCCUGUCGGAGCGGCAGAUCAAAACGCAGAAAGAGCGACAUCAGCAGGAGCUGGACAGGAUGGCCGAAGAGGAGGAGAACUGGGUCUUUGACUGUGCUAUGUGUGGAGUGCACGGCGAGAACCUGGAUGAUGGCACUCACAGCAUCGCCUGCGAGCGCUGCAACGUGUGGCAGCACAGCAAGUGCCAUGGCUUCUCUCCCAAGACAGCGGAGAAAGACGGUUUCCAUUUCGUGUGCGGAACAUGCAAGCGAAAGGAGGCCGAAGCGAAGAAGCCCAAGAUCCCACCACUGAAGCUGAGCAAGCGCAAGAGCCCCGAGGUGCAGAUCCCACCCUCAGUCGGCUCGGCGAAUGGGAGUGAGGAGCGACGUGCCGCUCUACCGCCGCACGUUGCGAGACAACUGGACAACAUUCAGUACUAUCAGCCUCCCGCGACGGCGCCCGGCCCCUUUGGGCAGGUCUCCAGCUACCAGGGCUACCCCCCGGUUAGUAACUUCGCCCCCUAUCGUCCCUCACCUCCCCAGCAGCCUUGGCAGGGGAACCAACUGCCACCACCGGCCAGACGGCCGUCUUCUGGCUACGCCAGCUCACCAACGCCGCCCGCCAUGGCUGGUCACCCUUCUCCAAGUCAGCAACACUAUUACAUGCACCAACAAGCCGUCGCAUCUGCUGGGGCGUAUCCUGGCCACCAGCCGUCUUACUCUCCACAUCCGUACCCCUACAGCCACGGAGGGCACCAUGGAGCGUACGCAUCGGCGAAUUCGCCUUCACAGUAUCAACAGUACUCGACGAGGCCGCCGUCCGUACCUCACAACCAGCAAGUCGAUGUUCAGCGGCCGCCUCAGCACUACUACCCAAACGGCGCGCGGUCGCCACCAGGCAGCAACGCGAGGCCGGCGGCUGCCCCUCCACACUACGACCCGAACAGGCAGCCUCCUCUACCAUCAACCUACUCCACGCAGCACCAAGUCCGCAGUCCCAGUACCGCCAUCCCGCCAUCGGCCUCGCCGUACUCGCAGUAUGCCUCGAGCUCUCCAGUCAAGGCGCCACAAGCUAUGCAGCAGAUGCAAUACCAACAGCCUCCGCAGGCUAUGCAGCAUCUCGCACAAACGCCGCAACAGGCGCAACCAGCGGCCACCAGCAAUGGUCAGGCACCGCGCGAGACACCACAUCAGCCACAUCCGAGUCCUGCAGGCUCGAAUGCUACCGCUGUAGCGGCGGAUGGCAUGUCGGGCCCGUGGUACGGCGGCAACGCCAUCCCGCAGAAGCAUGAUCAGACUCCAGCAGCACCUGGAGCGAGCCCGGCAUUUGGUGAAAACAAGAUUGUACCGCCGAUGCAGCUCGUACCAAGCCCGCAUCAGCAAAUUCAGGCUGAACUUUCCGGCUCGCAAAGCGUUCCCGUCAAGAAGAUGCCUUCUCCAAAUGGUCGAUCCGUGGAGCUUCCUCGUCCCGCGUUGCCCGCCGAUACGAAUGAUAAUGGAGGGCAUGACAACAGGGCAAGCGUAGCGGACACUGCCGCGCCGGAAUUGAAGCUGCAGCAGACCCCCAUCCUGAGCAGGGCGCCUGUUGAUGAAGACACCAAGAUGAUCAACGGUGAUGCCGAUCGUGUGUUGGGCUAG